AUGACGGUCACGACUAACUACUCCAUGAUGCGGCCAUGCUUCACGGGAUACUCGUUUCAAGAUCUGAGUUCGAUACCGGGUCAAGGCCGAGUAAACCAAUUGGGUGGUGUCUUCAUCAAUGGAAGACCCCUUCCCAACAAUAUUCGGCUAAAAAUUGUGGAGAUGGCUGCCGCUGGCGUUCGACCCUGUGUGAUAUCCAGACAAUUGAGAGUCUCACACGGAUGCGUUUCAAAAAUUCUGAAUCGCUACCAGGAGACCGGAAGUAUCAGACCGGGCGUGAUUGGAGGAAGCAAACCCCGAGUGGCGACCCCUGAAGUUGAGGCAAGAAUUGAGGACUACAAGCGGGAAAAUCCAGGUGUGUUUUCCUGGGAAAUUAGGGACAGAUUAAUCAAGGAGGAAAUUUGCGACAGGACUAGUGCUCCCAGUGUUUCCGCCAUUUCUCGACUUUUAAGGGGACGCGACACUGAGGAUGAAAUCAAAAUUGAAGAUGGAAAGACGAGUUCUGGAUCAGACUGCGAGAGUGAACCAGGUAUUCCCCUGAAGCGUAAGCAGCGCCGCAGCAGAACGACCUUCACCGCCCAUCAACUAGAUGAACUCGAAAGGGCCUUCGAAAGAACCCAGUAUCCAGACAUCUACACCAGGGAGGAAUUGGCCCAAAGAACAAAAUUAACUGAAGCCAGGAUUCAAGUUUGGUUCAGCAACAGGAGAGCAAGACUGAGGAAGCAAUUGUCCUCCACGAGUUCUGGUGGAUAUGGAUCGGUUGCCUACCCUGCGGCAUCUUACGCACUUCAUCCACAGGCUCACUCACAUCCACAUAUUGGAGCCUCUGUUCCGCCGAGUCAUCCUCAUUCCCAUCAUCACGGACAAACACUGCCAGACACCGCCUUCUCCUCGAGUCCAGAACUCUACUCAUCACACCACACGGUGUCUCAUCAGCUGACCCCAGACUCAAGUCGCCUCGCUUCAUCAGUCUGCUCCACCCCAACCUACAGUCUUCCUCCUUCAGUGAGUUACCCAACAACUCUGCUCUCUCCAACCUUAACCACAAGCAACAUGAGCCAUCAACACUCUCCAGCUCCCGUAGUUUCUUCAUCCUACCAACAGAACACGAGCCACCAACUUCCUCCAACUCCCAACUCUCUUGUGACUCUGAUGGGGCCCAACUCGAACUCCAAUCCUUCCUCUGAUCAGCUGUCAUCUACGGAGCUUCCAAUCAGUUCCGUCUCUCCAGUCCAUCAUCAUCAGCAUCAAAGUCAAGAAAACUCUUCACCACCUUGGAAGUUGUCAAUCCCUAGCAGUGAAAACAGAAUUGGUCUUCCAAGUCCCCCACCAAAUCAUCACCAGCAUCAUAGUUCUCAUCCUCAUCAAGGCUUUGUAAGCCACUACAGCCAGAACUUCCAGCAGCCUCCGAGACAUACACCUCAUCAGCCUUUUUACAGUUGGUACUGAUAAAAUAUGUUAUAAUAUGAGGAGGAAUAUAGAAGGAAAGAGAUAUCCUGGUUAGCGCUGAUUUUAGCAGCUCUAUUCAAUUUCGGCAAUCAUUAUCCAUUUAUUGCUACAGCAAAUUCCUAAACUAAUUCCAGUGAUGUAUAAGUCCCGCCUAUUUGACUCCCUUCACUGGGAAGACCACGCCCCUGCUCCCGUCCCGGAGUAAACUCCGCCCCUUUACUCUUUUUCGUGAUAAACUCCACCCCUUUUUUAUUUUUCGUACUAAACUCCGCCCAAUUUGAAAAAAAAUUAAAUCAUAUAGUCUAUAUUCUCGUUUACCUUCUCUUGAAAAGUGAUAAUAAGAUUUUUGAAAUCGCCGUCGAUGCCAGUAUGUUUGGUCAAACUCGAGUUCAGAUUAAACCGACUCGAAUCUACUUAAGUACACCCUAAUACUUCACCAGGGUGGCGACUUGACCCGGAAAGAUCGAGAAAUGAACGAAAAUUUUAUUGACCGGUAAUUUAACUUCAAAACCGGGAAUUUCGGGGAAAAAACCGGACUUUCUGAUUGCAGUAAAAUUCAAAUUUUCAGUGUAUUCAUUUACGAUUUAUGGAUCUUAGGUUUUUUUAGAAUAUCUCCGUUUAGUUUAAUUAAA